AUUGUGAAUGGUUCCAUUACCGAUGACCAAUGAAUGUAUCGGAAUUCGUAGUGACAUAAACAUGUUAAGUUAGCUGUAGGUAUAGUGAAUCUCAAGAAACACGUGCUAAUAUAUGUAACCCCUACUGGAAACCAAAGUUCAAGGGCUGAGGAAAUUUGUUUCCACGGCCCUGAACUAUAUAAACCUAGUUAUGGCAUCAACAGUCCUUCACACUCAGCCCUUCUUGUGGUAUUCGACGUAUAUUGAAGGAUAUUAUUCUACGUGUCUUAUGACGGUUAUGACGAUGACAAAAAGGAACUAUGUAAAGCGUCAACGCGCUGUACCUAUGAGAGUGCUCAACCUUGGACUUGGUCGGACGGGAACUCAUUCAUUCCGUGAGGCCAUGAAAAGCUUGGGAUAUAGCGAUUGUUAUCAUGGUUAUGUGGCCGUUUUUGAAAGCCCCGAAGACUGCGAGAUGUGGUACGAUGCUCUGCUUGCAAAAUAUGAAAAUAGAGGAAAGCCAUAUAGUCGAGAGGAAUUCGACCAUCUCCUUGGUCAUUGCCAAGCUGUCUGCGGGCUUCCCGCUGUCUGCUUUGCCGAAGAAUUGAUUGCGGCAUAUCCUGAGGCAAAGGUAAUUUUGUCACUCCGGGAUGUUGACUCAUGGCACAUGUAUGUUUUAAUCUAUUAUCUGAUCAAUCCUUGCUUACCAAUGAUAGAGAUGAUUCUACAAAUCCGCCAUCGUCACGUACGACUUGCAUAUGCGAAAAUUGGCCAACAUUUCUUCCGAGGCAGCCUCCGUCGGUUUGGGAAAGAUGUGUUUAUCGAGCACUAUGCUAGAAUCAGUGAGCUUGUUCCCGCCGAUAAUCUUUUACAGUAUCAUAUAUCCGAAGGUUGGGCGCCACUCUGUCAAUUUCUCGGAGAACCAGUUCCAACACGGACCUUUCCAAGUGGAAAUGAAGUCGCAGGCUUUCGCCAAAAAUUUCAAAUUCGCGAUCGCACGAUUUUAUUGGAAAUUGUCUCUAAGCUUAUUGUUCUUUCAGUGGCAACUAGUAGCAGCGCUUACUAG